CAAUUCUUCAAGUAUGGGUCGUUAAGGCAAUUCGUAACUUCCGGAACGAGCAAUAUGCCAACAUCCGCGGCCGUGUUCCAUUCAUUGGACACAAUUGUAAACGUACUUGCUCAAGAUGAGUUCAAGGGCGAAAAAACGGAGAAGAUUUUGAAAACGUACGAGAAUGCGGUUAAAAAUGGUUUAGUUUCGAAAGAUCAAAAGCGAUAUCCACUGAUUGUUUUCGAAGGAUUGGAUGGAAGUGGUAAAACCACGUUAAGCAAAAAAUUAGCCGAGAAGCAUAACGCUGCAUUAUUUUGCACACCCCCUUCAUCGAUUAGUGAUAUCCGGGAUGUUUUUGAGAAUGAUAAAGUUUUGAGAACGGCUUAUUAUUCCUUGGGAAAUUAUUUAGCACAAAUUGAGAUUUUGGGGAAAUUAAAAGAAAAACCCGUCGUUCUUGAUAGAUUUUGGCAUUCCACAACUGCUUACUCUUUAGCACAAAGUGUUCAUAACGGACAAAUAAAAUGUUUACCACCAAAAGGCGAUAAAAUAUAUAAUUGGCCAUCAGAUCUUAUUCAACCUGAUAUGGUGGUGUUUUUAGAUGUUUCUGAAGAAGAACGACAACGAAGACACGAAAUUAGAAACACCACAAAUACUAAUCAAGAGCAAUUAUUAAAAUCACAAAAGGAGUUUAGAAAUAAUAUAAUUCAGGCUUAUAAAUACAUGGAAAAUCCAGCUGUAAAUUUCAUAAACGUCGAUGGACCAAUUGAGAAAUGCGUUGAUGAUAUAUACAACAUCACUAAAUAUCUAUUUGACAAUAAAAUAUAAAGAUGUAUGAAUAAACUCUAUUUAAAUUCUUUUGAAUCGA